ACUACUCAUCCAAGGAUGGUCAUGGUGUUCCUACCACCUUACUCUCCUUUCCUCAAUCCUAUUGAGGAGUAUUUCUCCGCUUGGAGGUGGAGAGUGUAUGAGAGCAUCGGGCUCAAGAUCAGAGGUCCCUGCUCCAUGCAAUGGACGCUGCGUGUGAGGAUAUUACAGGAGAUCAGUGUAGGGGAUGGUUGCGACAUGCACGCCGUUUCUUCCCUCGUUGCAUCGCAAGGGAGAAUAUACGCUGUGAUGUGGACGAGAAUCUGUGGCCAGAGAGACUGCAGCGUGUGGAUGGCCAGGAGGGUGAGGACGGUGGCCAGGAGAGGGAGGGCGCUUCCUCUACUAGAACUCAGCUCAGGCAUAUUCUUGGGCAGCUACGGGUCCUUCUUCCUUUUCCUCGUCCCUGAGCGAGCCGACGCCAAGAUGAAUGACACCGUCACUGUCAGGACCAGAAAGUUUAUGACAAACCGGCUGCUUCAGAGGAAGCAAAUGGUUUGUGAUGUCCUGCAUCCAGGCAGAGCAACAGUCCCAAAGACAGAGAUCAGGGAAAAACUUGCAAAAAUGUACAAAACCACCCCAGAUGUGGUGUUCGUCUUCGGCUUCAAAACUCAGUUUGGCGGUGGCAAGACGACAGGGUUUGCCAUGGUUUACGACUCGCUGGACUACGCCAAGAAAAAUGAGCCCAAAUACAGGCUGCAGAGGCAUGGUCUGUAUGAAAGGAAAAAGACAUCCAGAAAACAGCGCAAGGAACGCAAGAACAGAAUGAAGAAAGUUAGAGGAAUCAAGAAAGCCUCUGUUGGUGCUUCUGGCAAGAAGAAGUGAGAGAAAUGAGGUUUCAGGAGAAGUAAGACCUUCGGGGAAGACCAUCAGCCUGAAAAUGUUCUUGUACAUCGUCAACGAAUAAAUUCUUUAAAAAAUGGAUAAA